AAGGGCAAAUCAGUAUUGCUCUGGCUUACUAACUAACUAAACAGUAAACAGAGAGCUCGCUCGCUCUCCGUGAAUGAUGUCGAGGAAGAGGAGGAAGAAGAAGAAGAAGUGUGGAGCACGCUGCUGCUACGUACCUGGUCAGGCUCUCGGCAGCGUGAAUUUGUAGAAGCAUGCUUGCCGUGCCUUCUUCCGGGUGCACCGGAGGCUGGCAUGUGAGCAGGGCUGCUUCAGUGAUGCAGAAGAAAAAAGGCAAGUCUUAUCGGCAAGGGAAGGCUACGCCUUUCUUCCAGGUCUCCCUCUCUCCAUCUAAAUCUGUGUUUGGAGGAGGGGGCUACGGUUAGUCCUUGUGGUCAUUAUCCUGAGUUGCUUGUCCUGUAUGGUGUUCUUGAAUUUUUCAGCUACAUAAUAAUGGUCAGUUGUGUGAGUCAAUGGGAGUGUUCAUGUGUCAGUUCAUCUGUGUGUCGGCUGUGAGUCAGUUAGUUAAAAGAUGUGUGUUGGCUGUGAGUCAGUUAGUUAAAAGAAGAUGUGUGAGUUUAACUAGUCCCCUCGAGUAAGGUGUAACAGUCACUGAAUAAGAAUGUAAGUGCCCUAUCCUCUAUGUAUUAUUAUGUCCAAUAGUAACAUGUACCUUGUGUUGCUCA